AUGCAGAAAUUAAUGAGGCCAAAACCGUUUAAAAACGAAUCUCUCUACGACUUUGGAACAAGAAUCCAGCUUCGUAAAAGUAACGUAACCCAAAGAAUAAGCACUGAAACUAAUCUACAGCAGACUGAUAAGUUGUGCCAAAUUACCCAUUGUGAUAAAAUUGCGCCUAAUACUUUUAUUGCAGGUUAUACAGGUACUCUUAAAAACAAUAUACAUUUGAAAAAACCAAGUGGUCUUGAAGAUGCUAUAGCAUACAUGACAUGA